CGGCUAAAUCCAAUAUGACUGGACCCAAGCUACCCGCUGGUCGACUACUCGUUCCCUUCAAUGUCAAACGCUUGGCUGUCUAUGGGUUUCGUUUACAGUCUUGGCACGCGGGAUUGUCCGCCAACUCACUACCGGUACCUACAUGUACCUUACUUAGUCUGCAGCAAUGAUUUGCCGAAUUAACCCGAGUACAACGUCAGGUUGACUCGAAUUACCAUCAUACCGUAAAGCGCAGAUGUGUAAGGUAAUUUGCAUUGAUUCUCGAAGAUGGGAUCUCGGAGAGGCUUUCAUUUCGUACCUGAGGUGAUGCCGGACCUUGGCCGUGAGGCACUCAAUUAGAACGGAACCUGAUGAAUGACAUUGCUGAUUGAUGAAAUUUUGCAGGCAUGAUGAAAGCGGUUUGAAAGAGGAGAAAAGGGGUUCGCCGAUGGGUAAUCGAACAAAAGGUUAGGCGAUGGUAUGUAAUGGAGGAGUUGCCCAGGCAUCGUCACAUAGGCCCCCGCCUUUGACCACUCAGC